GCUCCAGCCAGCGUGGGACAAGCGCAGGAAGCGGAAGUGCCGAUCGUGGGGGCGGAACCGUGCGGGAAGGCGGAAGUGGCUUCGCCAGAGAAGGUCCCGGCGUGGAGAUGGGGAGAGCUGGGCGCAGAGCGGCGGCGUCCAGGCCGCCGGAGGGUCCCGAGAAUGCUCGGCGGGCGCAGCGACGGCAGCAAGUGCAGCCGCUGGGGAAGCAGCGCACAGCCGCGUGGCCCGGGCUUCGCAGCAAAGAGAAGAAGAAAGUGAAUUGCAAGCCUGAGAACCAGGACGAACAGGAGAUCCCUUUCCGGCUCCGGGAGAUUAUGAGGAGCCGCCAGGAGAUGAAAAACCCGAUCAGUAACAAGAAAAGGAAGAAAGCGGCCCAGGUGGCCUUCCGGAAGACAUUGGAGAAGGAAGCAAGGGGAGUGGAGCCUGACAUCGCCAUCCCCAAGUUCAAGCAGAGAAAGGGGGAGUCCGACGGGGCCUAUAUCCAGCGCAUGCAGCAGGAGGCCCAGCACGUGCUGUUCCUUAGCAAGAACCAGGCCACCCGGCAGCCAGAGGUGCAGGCAGCUCCCAAGGAGAAGUCUGAGCAGAAAAAAGCGUACCAGAAGCGGCGACUAGAUAGAGUCCGGCAGAAGAAGGAGGAAAAGGCUGCAGACAGGCUGGAGCGGGAGCUGCUCCGAGACACGGUGAAGUUUGGUGAGGUUGUCCUGCAGCCCCCAGAGCUGACUGUCAGGCCCCGGAAGAGCAUAAGCAAGGACCAGCCUGGCAGGAGAUUGCAGAUGCUGAGGAUGCUCCUGAGCCCCGGCGGUGCGUCCCAGCCUCUGGCCGCCUCCCUGGCCCGCCAGCGGAUGGUGGGGAAGGAGAGAGAGCGAGCAGUGCAGGCCUACAGAGCGCUGAAGCAGCGGCGGCGGCUGCUGCAGGGGGAGCGACCCCACCGCCCUUCCUGGAAGAAGCCAGAGCCGCAGCAGUGAUGGAGCGAGAGCCGGGGCCUGGUCACGCUCCUGGGACACCGGUGCCAGGAGCUGCCACCCCCGGGUUGGGGAGAGGCAAGCAGAUGCUUUGCCCUGGCCAUGCCAGCAGUGCAGGCUCAGGCCUCCAGGUGCUCGUUCACAUGCUGGGCAUCAGCAGGGCCACAUCUUGCAAGGGGUGGGUGCCUGGUGGAUGAAGGCCCUGUGUCGAA